AUGCCACCAAAACGUGGAAAGGGACGGAAGCGUGCCCAGAACCCUGUUAAAUCAUCGGCGAAAGGGGAAGAAAAUGGAGAAACAACGACUGCCGGUGCUGCUGCUGCGGCAGCUGGAGGUUCUGGGUCCGGAACAGCUCCUGCUCCUACGGUCGUGGUUUCCGGAUCCGGAAACGAACAGCCAGAAACGAAAAAAGCCAGAACGGCAAAAGGAGGCAAAAAGCGAAAACCGGAAAAAGCGGGGGAAGCCCUCAAAAUCAUCACUUGGAAUGUUGCUGGCCUUCGAGCAUGGAUUAAGAAAAAAGGACAUGAGGUUUUGGCAAAAGAAGAUCCAGAUAUUAUUGCACUGCAAGAAACAAAAUGCACCGAAAUUCCGGAUGAAUUAAAAAAUGGUUAUCACUGUUUCAUGGAUAGCGCUGAAAGAUCGGGUCACGGUGGUGUGCUGAUGCUAACGAAGCAGGAACCAGUCGAGGUUAUUUUUUAA